AUGGAUUCGACCCGUAUCGUCAUGGAAACAACGUAUCUCGAGGAGGAGGAUGCCGAUUCUAGGGAUUCUGGUGAGUAUGUUAUCCGCCUGUAGAGAUAUCAAAAAGCGGUCAACUGGCUAAAUUUACAAAAGUUCUUUAUGAGCAUUUUAUCAGUUGACAACUUUUUGAUAUCUCUACCCACAGCUGAGUUACAACGUUUUGAAUUAACAAUAUUUUUGAUAUAUUUGUUCCAGGCAUCUCGAUGACUUCAACUUCAUCCGCCGACUUGCCCACCGACUUUUCCGCAAUGGAAAUGGAGCAGAGCAUCUCGUUCAAACGGAAGAGAACUUUCUCCUUUUCAACUGUUUCGGGUGCAAAACGGCCUAGAAUUGAGGAUUCUUGUGAACAGGUUGUUCGAGGAGAAUUGGGCGCUCAGAAUGCUUUGGAUAUGCUGAAAGUGGUGAGAAGAAAAAGGAUAAUGUAAAGACUAGAUAUGUAGGGAUUUAGUGGAGCAGUUGGAACAGCUGCUUUUAUGGGGUUAUUCAGCACAAGCCUAAGAGACAAUUUCCAGAAGUACACCCUUCCAUCGGCCGUCCGUCCUCAGAAGAACUCGUCCGCCUACCGGAGCAUCAGUCCGCAGACGAUCCUCUCGGAGAUGCGACGUCUCGGAGCGGCUUUCUCGGAUCGGUACGCCCUUUACGACUGCCGAUAUCCGUACGAGUACGCGGGCGGACACCUCCGCGGAGCCGUCAAUCUGUACAAGAAGUCGGACAUCCGAAUGGAGUUCUUUGAUGAGCGGAAGCCAAAGAGAAUUCCGAUCUUCUACUGUGAAUUCAGUCAGAAGAGGGGACCGAGCAUGUAAGAAGGGGACCAGAUCCAGUGGGACCAUCUCCAUCAACUUUUCAGGGCCAACGCAGUGCGCUCGAUCGACCGGGUCCGCAACGAACACAACUAUCCGCACCUCGAGCAUCCGGAGAUGUACCUGCUCGACAGAGGCUACAAGAACCUGUGGGACCAGCCGGAAUGCCGCGAGAUCUGUGCAGAACCCAUCGGUUAUCUCCCGAUGGCACACGAGGACCACACUGAAGAGUACCGAACCGCCCGUUUCGAACGACAUCGCUCCAGUGAAAUGGUCAAAUCGAAUGGCGAAGUGGAGGUGGAAGAGAGGAUCCGAUCGAUUCGGCAUCGGAGCAGUGUGCGGGCGAGGAGCACUGUGUUUCGGGUGAGUGUUUGGUGAGGCAUCGACAGUAUAAUCCAUGUUUUUCAGCUAAACUCCAUGUUUUCCGGCUCGCUGAGCCCUGCUUCCAAGGAAAUUCUUGAAAAGAGCUUUCGAAGAUGA